AUGUCAUAUGAAAUUCAAUAUCACGUCUGGAUUCAGUGGAAAGGAAAAUAUGAAUGUAGCGGUACUGUAAUCCAUAAUAGAUACAUCCUUACUACAGCUAAUUGCCUGAUCCAAUCCGUCCCAAAUGCGGAGUACAAAACUAAAUUGAAGCUUAAAAAAAAUUUAUAUGGCUUCGAUGCAUACGAAGUUGCUAUUCCAUUAUCGGAGGAAAGAGCAAAGUCUCACGAAGGUCUCGAAUUAUUCGUUUCUGGAUAUGGUCAAAUCACUGUAAAAAAUGCUUUCAUCGAUUACGAUCAGCACAAAUUUUAUAUGGAAAUUCUUAGUAUGACAAGGUGCAAAAAGUUAUUUCCGGAUGUCGACCUUUCUGGAAAGUUUUGCGCGAUUCCGGCACUUGGAUACAAAUCUUGCAUGAGUGACAUCGGAAGUCCAGCCACUGUAAAUAAAAUGCAUCUCAUCGGAAUUUAUAUUGGUUUUAAGGAGGUUACGGAUUGCUUAAAACACUAUGCAGAACUCUUUAUCGACGUGACGAGUUAUUCAGACUUUAUACGAUCAGCAAUAUUGAACUCAACCGAUAGAUUAUAA